UUCCUCCCAAAGAAUGGAAGCCAAGAGCAUCCUAUGAUGACAUUGAUGACUUGGUCAUUCCCGCACCCAUCCAGCAGCUGGUGACUGGACAGUCUGGCCUCUUCACCCAGUAUAACAUACAGAAGAAAGCCAUGACUGUUCGGGAGUUCAGAAAGAUUGCAAACAGUGAUAAGUAUUGUACCCCACGCUACAGUGAAUUUGAAGAGCUUGAGCGAAAGUACUGGAAAAACCUCACAUUCAAUCCUCCCAUUUAUGGCGCGGAUGUCAAUGGUACUCUCUAUGAAAAGCAUGUGGAUGAGUGGAAUAUUGGCCGGCUGAAGACAAUCCUGGACUUGGUGGAAAAGGAGAGUGGCAUCACUAUUGAAGGUGUGAAUACCCCAUACCUGUACUUUGGCAUGUGGAAGACAUCUUUUGCCUGGCAUACAGAAGACAUGGACCUCUACAGCAUCAACUAUCUGCACUUUGGGGAGCCCAAGUCCUGGUACUCUGUUCCACCCGAGCAUGGAAAACGGUUGGAGCGCCUUGCCAAAGGCUUUUUCCCAGGAAGUUCUCAAAGCUGUGAGGCUUUCCUCCGCCAUAAGAUGACCCUGAUUUCCCCUCUGAUGUUGAAGAAAUACGGCAUUCCCUUUGACAAGGUCACUCAAGAAGCUGGAGAAUUUAUGAUCACUUUUCCUUAUGGUUACCAUGCUGGGUUCAACCAUGGCUUCAAUUGUGCCGAGUCUACCAAUUUUGCUACCCGUCGGUGGAUUGAGUAUGGGAAGCAGGCUGUGUUGUGCUCCUGCAGGAAGGAUAUGGUGAAGAUCUCCAUGGAUGUGUUUGUGAGGCGGUUCCAGCCAGAAAGGUACAAACUUUGGAAAGCUGGGAAGGACAGCACAGUGAUUGAUCAUACUCUGCCCACGCCAGAAGCAGCCGAAUUUCUGAAGGAGAGUGAACUGUCCCCAAGAGCUGUGAAUGAGCAGUGCCCAGAGGAGGACAUGGAGGGGAUCGAGGAUGGAGAGGAGGGGGACCUGAAGAGAAGUCUGGCCAAGCAUCGUAUUGGGACAAAGAGGCACCGGGUUUGUCUCGAAAUACCACAGGAGGUGAGUCAGAGUGAACUCUUCCCCAAGGAGGAGUUGAGUUCUGGACAGUAUGAGAUGACAGAGUGCCAGGCUGCCCUCGCCCCAGUGAGGCCCACCCACAGCUCUGUGCGACAAGUGGAAGACGGCUUGCCCUUCCCAGAUUACUCUGACUCGACUGAAGUCAAAUUUGAAGAGCUCAAAAACGUCAAAUUAGAAGAGGAAGAUGAGGAAGAGGAACAAGAGGCAGCUGCCCUGGAUCUUUCUGUGAAUCCUGCUUCCAUAGGAGGACGUCUUGUCUUCUCCAGUUCCAAAAAGAAAUUUUCUUCUAGCAUGGGAUCCAGUUCUUCUCGAGAUUCUGCCUCUUCUGAUUCGGAAACCAGUGAUCCUCUUUCCUGCCAAGCUCAGGGGCAAACAGGAGUUCUCACCGUGCACAGCUACGCCAAAGGGGAUGGCAAAGUGACUAUGGGAGAGCCAUGCAUGAAGAAGAAAGCUGGUGCCCCCAGAAGUAUCAGUGAACAGGAGCUGGCCACGGUUGCUGAUCGGUACAUGUUUUCUCUGGAGGAGACUAAGAAGUCCAAGGGUCGCCGCCAGCCCUUAAGCAAGCUCCCACGCCAUCACCCACUUGUGUUGCAGGAGUGUGUCAGUGAUGAUGAGACCUCUGAACAGCUGACCCCUGAAGAGGAAGCUGAUGAGACAGAGGCCUGGGCCAAGCCCCUAAGUCAGCUGUGGCAGAACCGACCUCCAAACUUUGAAGCUGAGAAGGAAUUCAACGAGUUCAUGGCCCAGCAGGCUCCACACUGUGCCGUCUGCAUGAUCUUCCAAACUUACCAUCAGGUCGAGUUUGGAGGCCUGAGCCAGAACUGUGGAAACGCUUCCACAUCCGCUGCCCAAACACAAAGGACCAAGCCAUUGAUUCCAGAAAUGUGCUUCACCACAACCGGCUGCAGCACAGACAUCAACCUUUCUACUCCUUACCUGGAGGAAGAUGGCACCAGCAUGCUUGUCUCCUGCAAGAAGUGCAGUGUCCGGGUCCACGCCAGUUGCUAUGGGGUUCCCCCUACAAAGGCUUCUGAAGAGUGGAUGUGUUCCCGGUGUUCAGCCAAUGCCCUGGAAGAAGACUGCUGUUUAUGCUCAUUACGAGGAGGGGCCCUGCAGAGAGCAAAUGAUGACAGGUGGGUCCACGUUUCAUGUGCCGUGGCAAUUCUGGAAGCAAGGUUUGUCAACAUUGCUGAAAGAAGUCCUGUGGAUGUGAGCAAAAUCCCCCUACCUCGCUUCAAGCUGAAAUGUGUCUUCUGUAAGAAGCGAAGGAAAAGAAAUGCUGGCUGCUGUGUACAAUGCUCUCACGGCCGCUGUCCAACCGCUUUCCACGUGAGCUGUGCUCAGGCGGCUGGAGUGAUGAUGCAGCCUGACGACUGGCCUUUUGUGGUCUUCAUUACCUGCUUUCGGCACAAGAUUCCCAAUUUGGAGCGUGCCAAGGGGGCCUUGCAGAGCAUCACUGCAGGCCAGAAGGUCAUCAGCAAGCAUAAGAACGGGCGCUUCUACCAGUGUGAAGUGGUCACACUCACCACCGAGACCUUCUAUGAAGUCAACUUUGAUGAUGGCUCCUUCAGCGACAAUCUUUAUCCUGAGGACAUAGUGAGCCAGGACUGUCUCCAGUUGGGUCCUCCUGCUGAAGGGGAAGUGGUCCAAGUGAGAUGGACAGAUGGCCAAGUCUAUGGAGCCAAGUUUGUGGCAUCCCAUCCUAUCCAGAUGUAUCAGGUGGAAUUUGAGGAUGGCUCACAGCUUGUGGUAAAGAGAGAUGAUGUAUACACACUGGAUGAAGAACUCCCCAAGAGAGUGAAGUCCAGACUGUCAGUAGCCUCAGACAUGCGCUUCAAUGAGAUUUUCACAGAGAAAGAGGUUAAACAAGAAAAGAAACGGCAGCGUGUCAUCAACUCAAGAUACCGGGAAGAUUAUAUUGAGCCUGCACUGUACCGGGCUAUCAUGGAGUAGACACUUCCAGGGUCUAAGAGGUUCCCAGCACUCUGGGGUUCCACAACACAGCAGACACACGGAACUCAGAAGUCUCUAAAAAUGAAAUUGUAAAAAGAAAA